AUGGCAUACAAAAAUUAUUGUGUAGUGUUUAUAAUUUUCGCUCUAGUGAUAGUUCAAGCGGUGGGUUACGACACCGAGUUGUAUGAAACAAAGCCUUGCGACAGCAAUGCAUGCUUUGACGAGCUCCACGGGUCUCUAGGCGACUGUUCGUGUAAUGUUGACACCAUCGAUUACUUCAAUAACGUGAAGGUCUACCCGCGGCUCCAGAGUCUAGUGAGGAAGGAUUACUUUCGCUUCUACAAAGUGAAUUUGAAAAAAGAAUGUCCAUUCUGGGCGGAUGACAGUAAGUGUGCUAUGAGGUACUGUCAUAUUAAAACCUGUUCCAAGGAGAGUGUGCCUGGAUACGAGAAUGGUUACGAGAACGAUCACUUGGAUGAAACUCCAGUGACCAAGUACACGAAGGAGGCGCAGGGUAACUGUGGUACUGAUGCAGAUCAUGACCAUGACCUAGGCUACUUGAAUAUGACCAUCAGUGCUGCUAGUCAGCAUGAAAUCGCCAAAUGGAAGGCCCAUGAUGAUGCUCUGGAGAACUUUUGUGGCUAUGACGAUAAGGAUGUUGAUGCAGAGUAUGUGGACUUGUUGUUGAACCCUGAGAGAUUCACUGGCUACAAGGGACCCUCAGCAAAUAGAAUCUGGAAGAGCAUAUAUCAGGAAAAUUGUUUCCGGCCAAAGCCUAACCCAUACAGUUCAUUCCCAUUUGUAAUGACAUCAGAUUUAGGUAACAUGUGCUUAGAGAAGAGAGUUUUCUACAGAGCUGUGUCUGGUCUACACACCAGUAUAAAUGUUCACCUCUGUUCUAAAUACCUGCUCUUUGAAAAGGGAGCUGGUUUCACUACUGAUGGAGAAUGGGGACCAAAUCUUGAAGAGUUCCAACGCCGUUUUGAUCCCUCACAGACCUUUGGAGAAGGUCCCAAUUGGCUGAAGAAUUUGUAUUUUGUUUAUUUGUUGGAGAUGAGAGCUUUAGCCAAAGCUGGGCCUUAUUUAGAGAAGGAAGAAUAUUACACUGGCAACCCUACUGAGGAUGAGGAGACAAGACAGGCAAUUCAUAACUUACUGAGUGUAAUUUACUCCUUCCCCGACCACUUUAAUGAGUCUUCAAUGUUUAAUGGAGGAAGUCAAGCAGCUAAAUUGAAGGUUGAGUUCCGAGAGCACUUCCGUAACAUCUCAAGAAUAAUGGAUUGCGUUGGGUGCGACAAGUGCAAGUUGUGGGGCAAGCUGCAGACACAGGGUCUUGGUACUGCAUUGAAGAUAUUGUUCUCUAGUAAAUGGAACAGUCCUGAACCUGAUCCGAACCAGGGCAAGCUACCUGUCAGACAUAAGUCCCAUGAGAGACUGCAGAGAACGGAGGUUGUCGCACUGUUUAAUGCAUUCUCCAGACUCUCAGAAAGUAUACGGCAAUUGGAGCAGUUCCGAAUAAUGCUAAGGUAA